GAACUCCCACCACUGAACUCCAAACCAACCUCCUUUUUGAAAUAACCAAAAAAAUCAACUCUUACUACUCCGAAGAAACCAAACAAAACUCCACCACCUUCUCCCUCUUUGGCUUCGUCAGUGAAAUCCAAGAAAAGAAAUUUAAAGAGGGCAAAAGAAGGGGUCAACCUUACCUCCUCCUAAAAAUGGGAGAACCUAAAAAAGAACUAAUCCAAGCCCGAAAGGAAGACCUCCCCCCUGAAAAACUUCUACCCUCAAAAGAAAUAAGUCCAAUAAGUAUUCAUACUUAUGUUUUGAACUUUAAAAGUUCGAACAAAGCCCAACAGGGUAGGAGAUUUGGCUGGUUGGUUGACUGUGAAAUAGCACUUAAUCCUAUUAAGGCUAAUGCCAGUCUCACCCUGCCUAAUAUCCCUUCCCCC